AUGUCCGUCCGCGCCUCGCCUAGGGCCGUCGCGCGGGCAGGCACAGACGUCGCCGGGCCCAGUGCCGAUGCCAGCUCUGGCGGCCGCGGGACCCACGCACAGGCGACCGAUGACGCCGAGUCGUCGAGUGCCGGCGGGAACGCGACUCUCGCGCGGCGCCGGUCUGCGCGCGGCAUACCCUCGACAUUUGUGGUCGGGGCGGCGUCUCCAAGGCCGACAUUGAAUCAUGGCCCGUCGGCGGCGGCAGCAUCACUGGGCCCGUCAUCACCCGUCGUCAACACGAGCGGAACAACACCGGCGACAAUCACACACCCGGUACCUCUACCUUCCUCCAUGGCCGUCCCCGGUCCCUCGGCUCUCUCCAUCUCGAUCCCCUCCCCAACGACCAGCAGCCCACUUACACUGACGCCGUCUACUUCCGCCGCCCCUUCGCCCGCCCUCACGGCCGGUCCCCCUCGCGAGACGAGGGGAAAGGGCAAAGCGACUCCCAGGACGAGCGCGGGUGGAGGUGGUGAGCGGCGUGUGUUGCCUGCGCGUAUUCGUCGCGUUGGCGGUGCAGAGGGGAUACGCGAGUUGGAGGAGAUGGUCGUCGAUUGGCUUGAGCGGUGGGGCGACGUGGACACCAACCCGCCCGACAACCUAGGUCUCGUGCUCACCACUCUCCCCUUAUCGCUUGUCACACCCGUACCGUACCUCGUCGACGCGCCGACCAACCUCAAGACGUCCGCUCAGGCGCAAGCCGAGCUCAAGAUGGACCUCGAGGUCAAGCUCGAGCCCAAGCUCGAAGGAACGCCGGCUCCUGUGCCCAUCGCUGGACCAUCGUCGCGCCCACAACCCGCCGCUGUACCGCCGACGCGUAUCGAGACGCCCUCGUGGGUCAUGGUGCGCCCAGGAGAAGACGACCAGAUGGAGGCGCGCGAGGAGAUGCGAGCACCUGGACACAGCCCAAGCAAAAGGCUACGUAGGGGUGUUAUUGGCGCAGAGCUCGUCGAGGACAUGUCGGACAACUACUACGAGCAGCUUCACCGCAAGUUUGAGGCGUUUGAGCGCCGCCAGCGCAUCCGUGAACGCGAAAAGCUCCAAUUCGAGCGGUACAAGAUGCGGGCGCGCAUCGAGCUGCUGCGUAACCUGCCCGGCCCGCAGUGGGCCAGCGUCGUGCAAGCUAUUCUAGCCCGCGCAGAUAAUGGCAGGUGGGCUCGAGGACGCCGGAAACUCGAGCUCGAAGGUGGCGCCGACUGGCUGCGUCGUUGGCUCAUCCGUGAAGGCCAGGAGGUGCUGGGGAGAUAUGACCAGCUGCUGCCCAACGAGUCCAAAAAACACCAACCCGUCGGUCAGAGCCAGAACCAGAGCCAGAACCAAAGCCGCGCUCCAUCGCCUUCUGCCAGCUCCCUGUCUCCUCCACCGCAACGCGAGGACACAUACCACCCCAAGCGGACGCGCAUGUCGCUUCCCAACCCCGAACCCACAGCGUCCCGCGAACCUGCCUCUCGCCGCCAGUCGCUGAGGGUCCUCUUGCCCAAACGCAAGCGACCACGAGAGUCGACAACCGUUUCCACGACGAGCGAGAGCACGUUAAGCUCGCCUGAUCCAAUUCCCAUUUCUCCACCGCCACAGCCAAAGGCUACACUCAAGGCAGCAGUCGUAGCGCCGCCCAAGCCAUUACCAAAGGCCAACGCUGCCGCUCCCCGCGCUCUGCCCACCUCGAUCCUCAAGUUUGACCCCAAGCUUGGUAAGCUUAUUCGCGUGCCCUCAAACCCGACACCGGGUCCUCAAGCUGCUGCACCUGCCACCCCAGUGGCACCAGUCGUUCCAAUCUCACAGCCUGCACCUGCACCGUCCGCACCAGCGGCUCUCCCACCAGCAGCACCCACACCGUCGCCCAAACGGCCGCGCUACGUCGCGCCCUCGACACCGUCUGGCGUGCCGUGCCUCAUUGAAGCUGCCCAGAAACGCGAGUCGGCCAUCCUCGAAGCGCUCGCUGCCAAGGCCAAAGUGGACGCAGCCGCACCGCGUGCCCCCGGCAGCCGGCGGCCCCGUAUCGCGCGCGAGAAGACGCGCGAGUCGUCGCGGUUGAGUAGUGCCACCCCAUUUGGAAUGCCCAUCCCGCCACCGGUGGAGAACAAGACAGAGUUCUCGCUCAGUGACGAGGAAGAGUUCUGGCCGAUCAUUGCGGCGCGCGAGGCGCAUGCCACUGCGUUACGCCUUGCGAUGCAGGGCGCCCCGGGUGGAGUCGCCUCGUCGGCCACAAACUCGCGCACAGCACCGAUGGCGAAUGGCAGCGCGAGUGGGAGUGGGAGUGGGAGUGGCACUGUGGCAGCGGUCAAGGGAGUCAAGGGAGCCAAGGGCUCGGCACAGGCGAUUCCAGAGGACGAGGCAAUGGACGUGGAAGGCGUCGAGGAGGCGGUGGUCCUCUGA